AUGGGCAACACCCAGUCCGCCGAUAAGAACCAAGACGCUGCAUCGCAGCCGUCGCAGGAGGCCCAACAGGCUCAGCAGCCUCAGCAUGAUCGGCCGGUGAGGCGCGACGACAAAAACCCCUUCCCGGUGCAAACUCAUCGGGUUGCUGCCCCUCCUGAACCCUCGCUCACGCAGGCGCAGGGCACUACCACCUCUUCGUCAGCCGCUGGCCAACCGCCCGCCUCUUGGGCCAAUCCACUCCACCACCAUCUUCCGAGCCUUUCGUCGGGUGGCUCGACUCCGUCGCCCGUUCCGACCGCUUCCACAAGUUCGUCGAGCUCCGCGAGGCCCAUCGAGGUGCAUUCGCAGCAUUCGCAUUCGCAUCAGCAGCAAGCCGAGCACGGUGCAGGCCCCGGCCCGUUUCAUGAGCCCGCCAAGCUCGUAGCCGUGCCGAAUUCUCACAUCUCCCCCUCGUCGCCGAGAGUGCCCCGCUCCGAAGAUCCCUACGAAGCCUCGUCCGUCGUCAUGCCGCACAGCAGUUUACAGGACGUCUCCUACCUGACCCGGCCCCCACGCCUGCCUCUCCCCAUCGAGGAGGAGGUCCAUACUCCCGGGUCGCCCAUCAUUGCCCCGUCCGACUCCCGUCCCGGCGCCUCGCUCGAGGUUGAGGCCCUUGAGAGCACCGCUGAACUUGAGCGUCCCACCUCUACCCUCAGCGAUACCUCUGUGCUCGAGGACGACAAUGAAGAGCUCAUGGUCGAUAAGACCCGGCCUACUGUGCCGACGAGACUCGAAUGGCGCCAUGGCGGCGACAAGGUCUACGUGACGGGUACCAUCUUCCAGUGGAAUCGCAAGUCACGCCUGCACCCUGUCGAGGGUCGCCCGGGCGUCUUUGCAACCACCAUCAAUGUCAUUCCAGGCACCCAUCACAUUAGGUUCUUGGUGGAUGGGCAGAUGUGCACGUCCCCUGAUCUGCCUACUACCGUAGACUUUGCGAACAACCUCGUUAACUAUAUCGAGGUCAAUCCCGACGAUGUGCCUGCUGCUCAAACCUCUGAGCAGCAAGGUGCUGCUUCCAACCAAGACGCGUCUUCCAAGCAGGCGCCGGCGCAGGUUCUCCUUCCCGCUCCGGCGGCUGAGGAGAAGAAGGCCAAGGUGGUCAAGGAGAGGGAAGUUCCCCCUCCUGAGAAGUUCGCGCGCAAGAUUCCCAGGUAUCUUCUUGAUUUGGAUCAACCUGAGGACUCGCCGCUCUAUCAGCAUGCAGUCAUGGCUACCGAGAAGCUGCCCCAGCCUCCCGCGCUGCCCAGCUUCUUAAACAAGCCUAUUCUGAAUGCCUCGUCGAUUCUCAAAGAUGAUAACAGCGUGCUUAUUAUGCCGCCGAAUCAUACUGUGCUCAACCAUCUCGCGACCAGCAGCAUUAAGAAUAAUGUCCUUGCUGUGUCUGCGACGACGAGGUAUAAGAGCAAGUAUGUGACCACCAUCAUGUACAAGCCCACAACUUCUGAGGGUAUUUAG